GGACGGUCGUCUUUCUCAUUUCAUUUCUUCUCUUUUUGUCGCUUUCGAGUUACCUUAUCGAUUUAUUAUUGUUGUUGUCGUUGCCUUCGAAGCUGCGCGUCACUCCUUCGCAGAAGUGCUUCUUUUUCCUUCUGUGUGUUUUCAAAAGCAGCAGAGUCGGCCCUCCGUGCAUUUACCCGCAUGUCUCUCCGGCCCAUCGAGCAGCGCCUGGAGGAGCGCUUCAUGCGGUACUCCGCCAUCACCACGCAGAGUAACCCUGACAACCUUGGCAAGUGCCUGCCCUCGACGCCCGGUCAGCAGGUGCUGGCGGACUUGCUGGCGAAGGAGCUGAAGGCGGCGGGCCUGCAGAACGUUGUGUGCGACACACACGCCACGGUGACGGCGGUGAAGCCUGGCAACGUGUCGGGAGCGCCGCGCAUCGGCUUCAUCUGCCACCUCGACACCUUCGACAGCGGCCUGUGCCCUGAUGUGAAGGCGCAGAAGAUCCACUACACGGGCGGCGAUGUCUGCCUGAACAGGGAGAAGGACCUCUGGAUGCGCGUGGCGGAGCACCCCGAGCUGCGCAAGUACGAGAACCAAGAUAUUCUGUUCAGCGAUGGCACGAGUGUGCUGGGCGCGGAUGACAAGGCCGCCAUCACCUCCGUGAUGGACAUGAUCGUUCACCUCGACUCCAGCACGGAGCGGCAUGGCGACAUCGUGGUAUGCUUUGUGCCGGACGAGGAGAUUGGCUUGGCGGGUGCGAAGAAGCUGGAUGUGAAGGAGCGCUUCAACGUUGACUUCGCCUACACGCUCGACUGCUGCGAGCUCGGUGAGGUGGUGUAUGAGUGCUUCAACGCCGCCAUGGCGGAGUUGAGGUUCACGGGCGUGGCGGCGCACCCCAUGUCAGCGAAGGGCGUGCUGGUGAACCCGCUGCUGAUGGCGAUGGACUACAUUGCGCACUUCAGCCGCGACGAGACGCCCGAGUGCACGGAGCUGCGGGAGGGCUACUGGUGGUUUUCGAAGAUGACGGCCAACUCGACGGAGGCGCACCUGCAGGCGAUGGUGCGUGAACACGACGUGGCGAAGUAUGCGAUGCGGAAGUCACGCAUGCUGGAGGUGGCGAAGGCGGUGCAGGCAAAGUACCCCACAGGCAAGGUGGAGAUCCAGAUCGAGGACGUGUACGCCAACAUCGCCAACUCCAUCAAAGGCGACCGCACUGCGAUCGACCUGCUGCUAGAGGCGCUGGAGAAGGCGAAGGUGAAGCCGAAUAUCAUCCCCAUGCGUGGGGGGACGGACGGCGCCGCCCUCUCCGCACAGGGACUGCUGACACCAAACUUCUUUACCGGCGCCCACAACUUCCACUCCAGUUUUGAGUUCCUACCCAUCCCGUCCUUUGUGAAGGCCCGUGAGGUGUGCUACAACAUCGUCACCCUCGGCGCGGACAAGCGCAAGGCGGCUACGUCGUCUCUGUGA